GGCAGAGCCCAAUAUAUAAUAGAUAAGUAUCUGAAGUAAUUGCAAAUAUAUUUGAACCCUUUGAGAUUAAGUUCUUACUUCUCAAGAUACGGACCAUAUCCCAGCUUGUAUUCCUUCGACCUUUACAAAACUUCCGACGCCUCCAAUCAUGACGCUUAUUGACUUGAGCACAAUCCCGAGCUCUGCAAGCUCACCAGACUGGGACGUGCCCAAGGUAACAGUGGGACGUGGCAAACAUCUUGUUACAAGGACCAGUACAAGCACAACGACCGUGAUUGGGAGAGCACUGAAAGAACUUGGAUUGGAAUUCAAGACGUUUCUCGCUAGCAGCCCGUCUUUGCAAGAGCUACACAAGUUUAUUCGCCCAUGGAUACUGCCCGGGUCAAACCAAGUCCAGCCUAUGGUGCUCGAGUGGAUGAGCUACUUCGGGAGCCCCGUUAUCGCCGCCAAACUGGAACGGUUUGACUUGGUAGCUGCCCUGCUCGACUGUGGCUUUCAGUUUGGUCCGGGUAUAGUAACUCAUGCAGUGGAGAUUGCUGUAAAAACCAACAGUCCUGCGACAUUAGAGUUUGUUCUUGAUCGUGGUUGGGAUAUAAACCAGAGCAUACGCUUCGAUAGUGUGCCUAUCUUGGGACAAGUUGUCGACAAUCGAGCCCUGGUCGAGUGGUGUCUUUCGCGCGGCGCAGACCCGAAUGGUACUUGCGCGAGAGGUUAUACGAUAAUGCAACGCGCAGCUUCAAAAGCUACACUCGCUACGGUCAAACGCCUGAUAGCUGUUGGCGGCGACAUCUCACCUACCUCUCAGUCAGCGGGCGUUGUCGCUCAUGCCGUCGAGGGACAUUCCGAAGAUAAAAACCGGAUACCCAUCAUUGAGUACCUACUCAGCGUUGGUGCAGACAUCAAUGCGGUCUAUUUAAUACAAGAGAAACAUGAUCAAUUCUGUUUGGACUAUCUCGCAAUGGACAAAACAGCAUUGCACGUCGCGAUUCACAGAGGAGAUCGAACUCUAAUCGAAUAUCUUCUCGUGCGAGGAGCCGACGCAACGGCAAAAACGAGGAACCGCUUUACUAACAUGCGUUGGAUGGAUGUUGUGGAGUUUGCGGAACACAGAGAACACACAGACUUAGUGGGUCUAUUGCGAGAGGUUAAGGAAAGCGUGGAGACCUGAUGGUAUCUCACUAAAUGAUAGUAUUAUCGCAUCCUAUUUUUUUUCCAUUUGCAACUUUGCACAGGCAAUUAUAGACGAUGAGACACACGAAACACAUCUAUAUAGCAGCA